AGUAAUGAACUUGAGAUUAAAAUCUGUCAUUAUUUGUUACCAUUCUUUCACCUCAGUUUCCAAGUAGAGAUCCAGCCAAUUGUUGGCCAUUUUUAUUUAAUUUACAUAAAGUAACAUAAAAAUGAACAUUCAUUUAUCUUAUUUUGCAGAAAGUUCUUCACCUAUCACCAUUCCAGUGCCGAAUAGUAUCAGCUACAAAGAGGACACAGUUGAAAAGGGUGAAACCGACUCUCUUCGAAGGGAAACUGUUUUAUCAGAAUUUAAAAAUAAAGAGCACACAUACAAAAGCGCCUCUCUCAAAGAAAACAAAUACAAACAAGAGUAUAACAUCAAUUCAUUUCCAGGACACCGGAGUGUUUACUCCAAAACUGCAGCGGUUGAAGAGAAAGCAGUGAAAAUAAUAACAUCAGUGUCUAUUAACGACAUGGAAAACUCAUCUCCAAAGGUCAUUUUCCAACAGUCCCGUGAACUGUCAUCUGAAAAUCUAAACAACUCAUCAACACCUGUAACAAGCAUCUUCAAUAUUAACUGCAAUGAACGGCACAUGAAACUUGAAAUUCAAGAAACUCUACAAGUCAAUGCAUGUGGCAUUGAGAGUACAUGCACUUUCAUGACAGAGAAAAAGGACAGCGCUGAAAUGGUUGUUAAGCAUGAAUGUAAACAAACACGGAUGCCCGACUACCAGUCCUCAGAGCAGCCGACACAAGCUGAGAACAGUUGCAAUAAAAAUCAAAUCAUUACUCCCAGUUUUACAUUUGGCAGUAUGAGCAAACCAACAGAGAAUCAAACUGAUGCCAAACCUGUCUGCUCAACAAAUAUACGGGGCAAACUGAAUUACUGUCAGUGUUGCAGCAAUUACCCCCAACAAAAGGCCGUAGAUUUAAGUCAUCCAUCAGGCCCAUUCAAAAAUAUUCCUCAAGGGGAGAGAAAAUACAAAGAGGAUCAACUGGGUCACCUUCCACUACCUCAACAUUUGGCAGACAGGAAAUACAACACUUUAGAGGACCUGCCACGAGACCUGGCUUCUUUUAGGAUCGCCACUUGUACUCCAGCUGAUAAACACCAAAGGACAAUUCAGCGGACCUCCUCCACACAAUCUGGGUCUCUGUUUUCUGGUCAAGCAGAGGAAAGAGAAGAUAUGACCCCGUCUGAUCUGCUAUCAGAAUCUGAUAACUAUGAGCCCAUGUUUAUGAGAUCUUCCAUAUCUGCCAACAGGUCCAGCUUUACUAAUGAUUUUAUCUACUGCCAGAGAAGAAAAUCACGGAUUGGCAAAAGCAGCAUUGCCAUGGUUGAGAACAGGAUCUGCUCGAUGCUGAAGAAAAGACGACAGACCUUUCCUGGGAUGUCAGAGGGUCCGUUCGACCAGUCUUUUUCCUCUUUCCUUAUGUGCUCUCUUCCUUUCCAAACUGACAGAUCUGUAAAGCAGAAACUGUUUGACGAGAGGUUUGCCAUGUUUGAAAGAAAAGAGACUUGUGAGCAGGUCUUAAACAUUCCAAAAGUUCACGAAGAUCAACCAUUUUUGAAGUCUUUCAGUUUCAGUUCAACAUCAAACAAAAAGCCUGACACGUGCCCUGCCCGUGAACAAGACCAGAGUCAAAGUGGCAAGAAGCACGAGGAUACUGAGCUAAAACAAAGCACUGAAGAUCUGCACACUGAUUGUGAAGAUGAGGUGAACCAAAGAGGUUCUUCUAUCCAGCUCGUUCCUCCUCCCUGCAGUGACUCAGAGGAACAAAUGGUACAAACUGAUCCUUCCACAUUAUUUGAGGGUGGAAAGGCCAAAGGUUCAAACACAAAUGAUUGUUGUGGAGAAAAUAUUUUUCAAACUACUUUGGAAAAUGUCUGUGUGUCCACUUCACAGGACAUAGAUGUGAAUUUGUUGAAACAAAAUGAGGUUGCAGAGAAGACUGAGCCGGAAGCCGUUGAAAAAACAGCCAGCGGCCCCACGGUACAACUUCUACAACUGAAGAGUCCUGAAACAAAUAACAUGAAUGUUGCCGAGGAAGAAGCUGCAAGAGAAAAUUCAAGCAAACCAGCAAACAUUUCCUUACAUCACACAGAUAAAGUGAUCAACUCAAAAGAGCUGCUCCUUAAAACGGGCAAAGCAGAAAAACACCUUGCGUACAGAUUUUCCUCAGAAGCGAAGGAGCAUCUAAAGCCUGGGGUUCAUAAAGACAGAGACAGCAGCAUCACUGACCACUGGGACAAAAGACGAAGACUCUUCAAGGAGAGCAGGGAAUGGAGCUCUGCAGGUGGAAACUCAACAACUAGUGAUGUCACGGAAGACUCAGUAUCUGAAGACACACAUUCCAUGGACCUGGCAGCUCAGGACUAUGAAGACACGUGCUUUUAUAUGGAGACGUUUCACUCCUCAGCAUGGAUUUACAGAGGGGAUGACGUAAGCUCAGUGGACAUUCGGCGCAGUCUCAUAACCAGAACUCGACCUGUCUCAAUUCGAGAGCGGACUGUCAAGAUCAACAAAAGGAUGGGAGAAUAUCCUUGGGGCUUUCGAAUACAAUUUUCUAAACCUAUUGUUGUAACAGAGGUUGACACAAAUGGCGCAGCGGAGGAAGCAGGGUUGAUGGUUGGAGACUACGUUCUAGCUGUUAAUGGAACUGAUGUCACCAGCAUUCAUCAUUCUGAGGCAGCUGAAUUAGCAAGAAAAGGUCCAGAUGUUCUAAUAUUGACUGUUGGAUCAGACAUUGCUCGAGGUCCCAACACACCUAGACCACCCUGUCGUGGUUACCUUCAUAAGCGUACCCAGUCUGGUCUGAUUAAAGGCUGGAGGAAGAGAUGGUUUGUUCUUACACACGACUGCUGUCUUUACUACUACAAACACAAACGGGAUGAAGGUAAGAGGCAGCCUUUACUGUCAGUACAGCUGGAAGGAGCUGAGGUGGGUCCAGAUGUUUCCCUGGGAAAGCCAUUUGUCUUCAAGUGCCAACCUCAGUCUGGAAACCGAGUGUACUUUCUCUGUGCCACUUCCAAUCAAGAAAUGAAAAGGUGGUUAGAAGCUAUGGAAAAAGCUAUUCAUCCUAUCACACAGAAUCACGUGUGGAUUGAUGUCACGAGACACAACUCUAAUCUCCCCCCAUUGGCUGUGAAAAACCCUGACUGUCUUGGAUUACUUCAUAAAAUGGACAAAAGCAAGGACACGUCAGUGCAGCACUACUGCAUUCUGAAGGAUGGGUGUCUGUACUUGUACAGCGGGAUCCGAGCAACUCAUGCACAUGGUGGAGUCUACCUUCAGGGUUACAUGGUGCGAGAGCAGCCUCAUGGGUCCAAAAGGUCCAUCAUUGAGCUGAAACCUCCAUCAGAUGAGUUUAAGACCUUUUACUUCUGUGCUGAAAACUUUGCUGAAAAUAAACGAUGGAUUUCAGCGAUCAAAGCUUCGAUAAACAAGUGGCUGCCUUUACAUCAGGUCCUUCAGGAAUAUAUGACUCCACCACCAGAGGAGACUAGAAUGUGAAACACAGGACAGAACAAUAUUCUGCUUAUACUACACGGUUCCUGCUCUCAAGAUGGCUCCCACUCUUUCCCUUAUGCUUCAAUAGGAAAUAAAGCUGUUUACAACCUUUCAGUUCUGCUGCACUUUUAGCUCCUGUCUUCAAACCUUUUGUGGAAGUAUUUCUUAAUUUACCAAUGUUUUUAUUCAUGUAAUUGCUUUUUAUUGCACAUUUAGAUAAGUGGACACUGAUCUUUGAAACAAUGCCUUCAAAUAAAGGUGAUUUGCACAAAC